UGAACAUUUUAGAGGGGAUCAGAAAACACUCAGAGCUCAGUGAUCCACUCACAACGAGCAAGAUGAGUGCUGUGCUGAAGCUUCUGCUGCUGUCGGCAGUCACUUUGCUGGUUUCUGCUCAGGGAUGGAAGAACUAUUGGAGUCUGCCUGAUUCAGUAAGACCACACAUUGACAAGGCACUGCGCAAUGCCAAUGGAGAAUUUGGGCAUUCUCAUCAUGUUGCCUAUUACAGCCUUUUAUCCCCCCUGGCAAUUACAGCUGAUAACUUCUAUGUAAAUGUGCUUCUGAUGGUCACCACAUGCGAGAAGGAUGCACAGAAAGGAUUUGGACAUCGAGAUGAAUGUGUUACACAAAAAUCUAAAACGCCCUGGUUUAACUGUCUUGUGUGUAAGCCAAAAAAUGGUGAAGAACUAAUUGACUGUGUGAAACAAAAAGAUGUCAAAAGCAGAGAGCACAUUCGAAGUAGUUGUCCCACUCCAUCCGUUUACCGCCUUGGAGGUACAUCUGUAAUGUUUCAGACAGGAGGGAAUGAGGAGCUACAGAUUGGAUGUCCUGGAUGUGUCUGACUUUAAGACCCCUGAAACAUGCAAAUUCUAGCUGUGGAUGAAGUAGAAAAUGUAGUGAUGACUGUAUAAAAUCAGCUACUUAUAGAUGUGUGGUUAAAAUCUACAUAAGAAAUUAUGCAUACACUUGGGGCAUAUCGCUUUGAAUAAAAGGACACAUAAAGGUUAAGUUUAUCCAGCUGUCUGGUUCUAUGUACUCUUAUUUUAAAAUAGCUAACACAAUAAGAAGAAUAAUCAUUAAUCAUUCUUGUUAUACAGCAUAUGUUUGAACACAAAGUAUUAAUGAACUAGUAACGGAUACAGAUAUACAAUAUGAGCAAACAUUUGUGACUUAUUUUAAAACUUUUAUCUUGCACAUGAACACAUUCUUUUUCAAAUAGGUAGUUAACCGUGGUGUUGAACAGCUUGUCAGGUAGCAGAAGUAAAACUCUUAGUGUGCUUCAACAGACGCACAGGGAGUGGAGCUGAGCCUGUUUAGUGAAAGCCUUGAGUCAAAAAACAGAAAAAUGUACGACAGUCUUUGGCAAGUGUGACUUAUAAAUAAAUUUAAGCAUUCAAAUUUUUAAUUUAUGACCCAAACUUUUCUUGCAGUUAUUGAAAAUGAUAUUUCAGCAGUUUCAAUAAAAAUAACAUUUUAAAGUG